AUGACCGGGACAACUCAAGUUGCCACCAAUACAGCCAGUAAGAGCUCGUUCUUCCGUAGCAUCCAGCCCACCCCGGUCGGCUCGCCUGGUGCGACGGCCAAGAAGAUCCUGCAGACUCGUCGUGCCAGUGACCCCGCUCUGACCUCGUACAUUAACAACCAAGAGCCCUUGCCGGAAGAGGCUCAAAGUCUGAAAGACCUGCUGUUGUCGGCUCCCUCGCAGAAUCAGCGCUCUCGCUUCAGUUUCCUCAAGCUCAAGCGCGUAGUCGUGCCGCCCGUGCAGAUUCCACCGGAGCUGGCUGCGCCCAACGCCAUCAACAACAUCGUGGCUGGCUCCAAGAUUCCCAUGACCAAGGCCAUGUGGAAGCGACACCGUGCGCGCAUGAUGCGACGUCUACCGGGCCGUAUCGACGAGCGAAUCGCGUGGUAGAGCAAUUAAACCCGCCACCGACUGUCUCCAUGCUUGAUAUUUUGUUGCGUACAUCUCCCGUUGUAACACUAGGAAAAGAAUACGAAUAUUUACUCACUUUGAA